AUGGGUGAUAUUCAAGAACAAGAACGAAAAAAAUUGAAUCGCGACCUGCCUGGUUCAACAUCCCUUGGACCAUGGAUUUCAAAUGAAAUAGAUAGAAGAAUUGGCGUAUUCUUUGCUCGUGAAGCAGGUUUCACCAGCGUUACCCCUUCUGCAUAUGAAGCACUAGGGGAUUUGUUGGCGCAACCAAAUAUUAAUGAUGUGGAGAAAAGUCUUAAGUAUUGGAGCAUCAGGACGGGUGCGCUUGAAGAUCAUAUGGAAAAGUCGAAAGAAAGUUAUCACGCUUUUGCUUCAAAAUUCUUAUCAUCAUUACAACCAACGUCAUCAGCUAUAGAAUCUUCAACUAUAUUCGCGCCUGAAGAUAUAAUAUUAGAAGAUGAAGAGGAGAACUUUGAUGGGUCAAAUAAUAACAAACGACAAAGAAAUUCAUUUACGUCAUCAACUCAUACUUUAACUCAGGUAAAAUUAGUGGAGAAAAGUCUGAGACGAUUGGCAGAAUAUCAUGAGGAUCCAACAGAUCAAACCAUAAUUCAAUUGAGUAUUCCAGAUUCACCAUCUUCCUCUUCGACUGUUGUAUCAGCUAACUCUUCGCCUUCUGAUUACGACAAAUCGUUGAUAUCCACUUCGAUUUCAACUUUUGAUUCAGCAAUUUUGCAUGCAAGUACUAACAAGAGCAAUCCCGUAACAUUGAACAAAUCUAUUAAUAAUAGUUCUAAGAAACGAAAGAAUGUCCAAAUAUCUUGGGAAGAGUUAAAUGAUUAA